AUGACAACACAAUCAGGCCCCGUUAUCCCCCCUCGACCGUCAAGGUCGCCACUCGACAAAGGCACAACUUCAACCACAGAUAUGCCCCAGAUUCCUCCUCGUCCUGCUCGUCGCAUUGAGCGGUCCGUAUCUCCUCUAAGUGCCAACUACGCCCCCUCUCCGCUGAACGGGCCUCCCAAUGGUUCCUAUCUGGCCCGCACAACCUCCAAUGAUUUGCCUCCUCGUCCCCCCAGUGUCGCAAUCCCAUCUCUUGGCGAGGAAGGCAUCGAAUACCAAGAUUUGGAUGUUGCCCACACCUCCGACACCCUUCAUCAUCUUACCCCUGCAGAGACACGCAAUGUGGCCAGCGAUCUCAAGCUCCAUGCGCCUAGACCUUCGCUUCCCACUUCCAGCGCCAAGGCCAAGGUGCAGGCAGUAACACGCACAGACUCCGGCCAGGCUGCUGCAGCAGGCUUUGGUGUCAUAGGGUCUCCUGCCUCCGCUGAACAGUCGGAACGCCCCUCUCGCUCUCUUUACUCUGCUGGCUCGCGUGCGGCUUCCUCAACUGCGUCCCUCGACCGCCCACGCUCAGUUCAUGACAACGAACAUGGCAUUCCAGAGAUCGGCCAGAGGGUCCCCAUGUACCCUAAUGCGGGAGAUGUCCAGGCCCCCUCCCCGAGCCCGUAUCUAGAACAACCAACCCAGCGUUCCGGUCGUGGCCACCAUCGAACUCGCAGUGGCCGUGAAGCUUCGCUACCACCCGGUAGCUACGGCCUCCACGGACACGGUGUGCAUGCCACCGACAAGUUCGAAAAGGCUUGGUAUGAAAAGCACCCGGACGAAUAUGUUAAAGAGGAACAAGGCCAGUAUGGCUCCGGGGUUGGAACCCCCCGUCCCGAUUGGGCCUUGAGUCGCGACGAUUUGAACAAGAUCGUGCGCGGCUCUGCCGUAACUGGCUCUGGACUAGGCACAUCCCCCGCUGUGACAGGAACUCCCGAAGAAGAGGUCGGUUAUAUCGCGUCCGACGAGUACAAUCACCGGCUUUCCUCGCCACCACCGGAGUCGCAAGACUCGCGCCCAGUUAUUGAGUCACCACUCCGCAACGCAACUGCUCCUGCAACUGAAACCAGAGACGCAGAACUGGAUAAGGAAGCCCCCAGAGUCAUCCACAUCGACGAACCUUAUCAUCAUCUUCAUCAUCCCGACGGGUUUGCUCAGACCGCAGACCCUACUCAGCCCACUCACGAAGGUGAGGGCGAUGAGAAUGAAGACGAACCAAUCUUGGCCGCGGAUGAAGUGCGCCCGGAAUCUGCCUACCAACACCCUGCAAUUUCCCCUACCUUCAGCCGGAGAGACAGCUUUGAAUAUGAAGGCAGAAGUCGCACUCCUAGCGUAAAUGAAAGCCGUUCUAAUAGCAGAACUGCUGGCCACCGCGGUAGCGCCCCUGCAUUAGCCCGAUAUAACUCUCGUGAAGAACGUGAAGACACCCACACUCCUCUUGAGGAUGUCGAAGAAUAUGAGCCUUUGUUCCCCGAAGAUGAGACGAAGGAAGUCAAGCCAGACGCGGAACGCUUUAAGAAGCGCCCAGAUGCGCUUAAGCGCCGAUUCCCCAGCCAGGAUAUUUGGGAGGAUUCCCCCAACAGUCUUCAACUUCAUGCUGCUGUAUCUACACCGGAUAUCCCAAGGCUCGAUCGGUUUGAAACACCAGAGCAGGAAGAGGCCCGCAAAAGCCGAAACAGUGGUAUUGAUACCCACCAACUUGCUUCCCAGAUUUUGAGCUCGGAAGAGUAUGACGAAAGACAACCCGCACGCCCGGAGGUUGCUAAGCAAAGGUUCCCCAGUCGUGACAUCUGGGAAGAUGCUCCUGAGAGUCAGACACUGGUAACAACGAUAGAGCCUGCAGAAGAUCAGGUCACCAGCCCAGAUAUACCCUCUAAACCACUCGUUCCUUCCCGGCCUCAGAAGAAGCAACCUCCCCUAGUGGAUGCCUCGACCAAACCUUCUUCACCUAUUGAAAAACGACAGCCACCACUUAUUCCAGACAGGCCUAAGCCCCAGAUCCCUACUCGGCCAGCUCAGCGUGUUGCUCGUCCGAAUGGCGAUGAAUCCCAAGAUGCUGCAGCCAAAACCAAGCCUGCUGUACCCGCACGUCCCCCAGGAAACAAAAUUGCCGCCUUGAGGGCCGGAUUCCUCUCUGACCUGAACUCACGUUUGCAGCUCGGUCCACAGGCACCUCCUAAGCCACAAGAAAUAAAAGAAGAGUCACCUGCAGAGAAGGGCCCAUUGAGUGACGCUCGCAAGGGAAGAGCUCGGGGACCCGCACGAAGAAAGCCAGCUGUUGAAAGCCCCAGCGCAAGAUUGCCUACAAUUCCUGAGAUCAAAAUCACGGAGACCUGGAAUGUCUGGCAAGUUCGUGAAGACGGCAAUCUAGUGGUAGGAGAUGGAGACAAAGGCGACCAGGUCACCACCUCUGCACCGGAGACAUCAGCUUGGGACAACCCUGUAGCACCACCUUUAGCCAGGAACAUUUGCGGAGAUUCAGUCGACCCGCAGAGACUUCGCCAUAAAGAAGGGGUCUCCCACCCUACAAGUCCAGAGCCAGAGGUGGAGUCAGCAACGAAAUCUCCCGCUGUUCAGCCUGCCCAA